AUGCCGACUGCGGCACCCUCACGGCCAGCCGCUGCGCUUCCUGCGCCCGCGAGGCGGCUCCUCACCUCGACGAGCCGCCAUCGCCGAACAUGGCUCGUCUUGCUCGCCGCUCUCGUCGCCUGGUUCUGCGCCCAAGCUCGACGUGGCCCCAAAUCGGCUGCGCAGCCUCGAGGCCCAACGGCGCACAAGUCGCACGGGGCGGCUUUGCGCGACGACGACGUCGGUACCCGCACCUCGUUCCCGCCGCUCGACGACUUGCUCGACAGAGCCAGGCUGUGGCCCCCAGACCUCAACAAGCCGCUCUGCGACCUCAAGAUCUACGUGUACGACCUUCCGCCCGCGCUGCGCCUUCCCGACAAGACGGUCAAGCAGUGCCGCUGGUCGGCGUACAACUCCGAGCUCCUCCUCCACCAGCUCCUCGUCGACCCUACCGCCCACGCGUCGACGACUUCGCACCCGCACAACACCCUGUACACGACCAACCCGGCCGAGGCCGACUUCUUCCUCGUGCCGCUGUACCCGGCGUGCUUCCUCUUCGACUGCUGGGUCAAGGCCGGCUGGACCAAGACGGCACGGUGCGGCGUCGACGACACGUACAUCGAGCCCGUCAUGCGCUACGUGCGCGAGGCGCACCCGCACUGGAACGCGUCGGGCGGCGCCGACCACCUCCUCGUGCACCCAAUGGACUUUGUCGACGGCUACUACACCGAGACGUCGCGCGCCGCCAUGAACGCCUCGACGUACCUCGUCACGGUCGGCGACGUGCGUCCGGCGCCGCUCGGCUCCUACUUCCGCUCGUUCCGCGACCUCGUCAUCCCGUCGUCGACCCACCUCCUCAACUCGUACAGGGUCAACCCGCUCGACUACGUCGACGAGGCGGGACGGCCGCUCGUCGAGCCUCGAGGAGCGGCGAGCCCGCAUCGCCGCGACAACGUCGACCCGCCGACCGUCGAGAUCUUCUCGCCGUCGCCCGAGCCAGUCGAGGCCGGCCUACGAGGGCUCGCUCGCUCGCUCGUCCGCCUCGUGCGGCACGUUCUCGGCCUCGCGCACGUCGCGAGGCUCGAAGCGCGCACGACGCUCGCGAUCUUUCGCGGCGGGCUCGGCACGGCGGCCGACGGCGAGCGGUACUCGCUCGGCAUCCGCUCCCUCUUCUUCCCCUCGGACGGCAAUACCUCCACCCCACCCUUCUCGUCGCACGUCCACCCGGGCUUCUCGUCCCUCCCUGGCUUCGACAUCGCCGAGUGGUCCGACAACGACGACUACGCCCGCCGCCUCGCCCGUUCGCGCUUCGGCCUCGCCCCGCCGGGCUACACGCUCGACACGACGCGCAUCUACGAGUACCUCGCGUUCGGCGUCGUACCCGUCUUUGUCGGCUCGGGCCGAACCGCAGGGCAGGUCAUGCCCUUUGCGCGCGACGUCGACUGGAGCAGCUUCUCGCUGUCGGUCCCGCGCGAGCGCGCGCACGAGCUCCCCGAGAUCCUCGAGCGCGUGACGGACGCCGAGUACGACCGGCUACGGAGCGCGGUGUGGGACGUUGGGCGGAAGGUGGUGCUCGAGGGACGCGAGGGCAACGUGUGGCGCCUGCUCGCGCGCGACCUGUGCCGGCUCAAGCGCAAGGGCGUCGCCGCCGGCCCCGAGAUCGCCAAUAACUGAGCAGGUCGACGCUCUGCGUCGUCAUCGUCGUCGUCGGCUUGGCGAGGGCGCUCAAGCGCCGUCGGGCCGAGCGCGUUGUCGAGGUCGCCCACGACUCGUCCAUCUUCCCUGACCUUACUCGACGGGCAUAGAUACCCAUGCCGCCUGUCGGCCCUCUCGACAAGCAAGGCCCACGCACGGCUCGCCGAGCGCCUGACGCCGUCGGCUUCCUCUUCUUCCGCCCGACCUCACUCGGCGCUCGGCAACGCU